UAGAUAUAAAAAGCAGUUUUCAGCCAUUUUAUAAAAGAACUUUUUCCUUUUGCAUUUCACUCCAAUCGGCCAGCACGGCCACGACCUACUGCGACCAGCGGCAACUUCCAGCACAUCAGCAACCGAUGACCCACAACCUUCACAAUGAAUGUGAUCAGCGUUCUUCAACGACAGUUUCGGCGAACAAACGAGCAGGUUCUGAUGACGUCCAUGAGCAGAUCGUUGAUUGGUAUAUUGAGGCAGCGAGAGAGACGCCCAGGAGUUCCAAUGUUGUCAGAAGUGGAGCUCCCCAGAAGAAGAGGAGUACAAGGGGCUGAGCUUGGUCCAAUUCUUACUCGGAAUCAGAGAGUUAAAAUUGCCUAUGGUGCAGCAAAAGGCCUUGAAUAUUCACAUGAGAAGACUUCAAGGACGUUGACCUUUGUUCAAGGAAGUGAAAUUUGGAUUAGAAUUGUUUAUUUAUAUCUGAGUAUCUGAAGCUUGGUUUUGGAGUCGUCGGAUGGUAUGAAGAUCAAUAAAUUUGCCUUGUCAUUUGGAAAUGUAUUUUUUGAAACUGUUCAUAUUAGGUUGAUUGUUAGAAUUAUGUUCCUUAUAUUAUUUUGGAAGUAUCCAUAUGAGUUGACGGUUAGAAUUAUGUUCCUUAGGUUGUACUAUUGACAAUGUUAAAGAAGUUGAGUUUUUAUAAAGACAUAU